UUGCAUCGGUUGGUUGUGUGCAAUCGUGCUGUGUCGAAUUGGGUGAUUCCCGUUUGCAACCUAUUCCGGACCGGGCUUGAAAGCCCUCUAUGUUACUUUGAGCUUUAUCGAACUAAACUUAUAUUCACACGUGAUUUUCUGACAUAACCUUCGCAAUUUCGUACAGUGUAGUACAUAACCUCAUAUAAAUACUAUUAUAACGAUGCAAAACAAGCCGCAGCCACGAUUACUUAACGUAAAUAGAAUACCUGGUCAACCGAAAAAGCGGAAAAAAAUCACGCUUGUCUUCGACGAGAAGAAACGACGAGAAUUUUUAGGAGGGUUUCGUAAAAGAAAGCUAGAACGAAAAAAGAAAGCUCAGGAACAAUUGCAACAACAAUUGAAAGAAGAUCGUAAAAAAAUUAAGCAAGACAUACGAGAGCGUUAUAAAAAAUUAGUAUCGCAACGUAAUAUCCCAGAAUUGGACGAACUGUUAUCUCGAAAAGAAUAUGACUUGGAAGGUCAUACAGUCAGUAUUUUAGAAUUAAAUGUUGCGGAUCUCACAAAAGGAAACGGAUGGAUAGGUCAAAAUAAAGUUGCAGAGGAAGAGGAAGAAGAUGAGGAACAAAAUGAGGAAAAUGAAUGUUCAAAUGAUGAUAAUGACGAUGAUGAUGACGACAAGAUCAUUGGGAUGUCAUUACAAGAAAAGCAGGACCAACAGCAAGAAACCAAGUCAACUGAACCAGAGAUGAAAUCUUCAAAAGAGGUGAAGCGGGAAAUUAAGAAAGCAGCGCUAAAGCAAGUGAAAAAGAGCAAGGCUUUCCAACAGAAGCAAAAGAUGGAGCAAAUAAAAAAUAGGAAGCAAAGUAGACGGAAAUUGCGCAGAAUUCAAAAGGUGGCGCGUAAGCAUGGCAAACGCAUCGAGAGAAGAUUAGAACGUUAGGAUUAAUUAUUUCUGUAAAUUGGUUAUGAAUAAAUGUAUCUUUUAAAGAACAUAUAUUAAAUA